AGAGAUUUCAGCAGCGUUUCACUUUAUUUUGACGUUUUCGGUCUAUCUGACCUUCAUGAAAGCAACAUGACAUUUUACUUACAAAAUCAUUAACUGAGAAAAUAAUCAGCAGAUGAACUGACAGCGGAAAAUAAUCGUUAGCUGCCGUCUUAGCUGGAACUUGAGAAUUGUUGGCGUUUUACUUUGAAAUCUGAGAAUUUUACUUUGAAAAGCGACUGAAAACGAUUAUUCAAUUAUCAAAAUGGUUGCCAAUUAAUUUCCUGUCGAUCGACUAACUGAUUAAUCGUUGCAGCUCUAACAUGGUGUUGGACAAGGUUGAUCAAGACUGUGAGGUGUGAUGUCCAUACUGAACAGGUGAAGAUGAGAGAGUCUCCACCAAAAUGUCAGAUAUGAUGAUUCACAGGAAGACAGCAGGAAAAGGCAAAAAAAAAAAGGAAAUCUACCUGCCAGUGUGUUAUAUAAACUUGGACUGCAGCACUGUGUAAUAUCCUUACUAAUGGCUGCCAGUUUACAAUAGGAAGAAGGAUGUGUCAUUCCUGACAUCUCGGUCACAUCUCUGAAGGCUGAACUCAAACAUGAGGCCUUCAGCUGGGCUUUAACAUCCACUCUGUUAUUAUCUUCACCAUCACCAUCAUAAAUCUGACUCACAAAUUGGUUUCACUGCCAUUUAACUUUAACUUUUACUGCCUCACAUGGAAAAGACCUGAAUGUCCCUCCAUUUAGUGGGAAUAUUUCUCUCCAGCUUGUGCUCCAAAUACUAAAGCUAAGCUGUUAAAGUAUGCUUUGUUAAUCCGGCAUUUCCCUGCUGAAAGACAGCAUUUGAUAGGAAAUGUUGCAUGCUAGCUAAAAGUAAGCGGUUAAAUGACUAAGUAGGAGGUGAUAUAACUUGAGAAGGAAAAGAAGAGGCAUGAAACAUUUAAAAAAAUAGUCUUUUUAACAGGAGACAUGUUAUUGCAUUUCAUGACAAGGCUGUAAAGUGUCCUUUGUGUGAGCAGACUGGGCGCCAUCAUAUAGCGUUAGAGGCCUAUAGAGGAGCUGUGAGAUGGACUGACUGUUACACGCUGCUUCCAGGUGACAAAUACGACGCCUGGUUAAAGCAGCAGACAGGAGGGCGAGAGUAGAAGCAAAGACCAGAUAGAUGGUACAGGGAUGAGCCUGGGCAACAGGAAGGGAGUGAGAGUGACUGGGAAAUAUGUGCCUCCUGUGGACUGGAGCAGCGGAGAGGGUCCAUCCAUCGUCCAUCCGUCCACCUGCAUCCCCCUACCACCAGACACCCCCACCGUGAUCUCCAUCGGCCCUCUGCCUCACAGGCCUCCAGAACGAGUUGAUGAUCCCAGGAUGGACGAACCUGCUGCUGGGGACGACUGGACCAGGGAGAAGGGCGUCCCCAGGCAGACCAUGGAGGAGCUGAAGACCAUCCUGAGGGACAGUCCUCUGCUCAGCAUCCGAGGAAGAGAUGACGGGAAACCGGGGAGUCCUUAUACAUACCUCCAUGGGAGCAGUGGCGGUGGUGGUGGCCGGCCCGACGGACGGCAGGACGAUGGAAACUCACACAGGGCGUUCAGCACCUUCAAACCCAACUCUGACGCUUCCAGAAGGGGGCCCAGGUCCACAGAUAGCACAUCUAUUCAGCUCCCUUCCAGCAUGGAUUCAUCCAGCUCAUUCAGGGCUGAUGCCAACACAAAUAGGCAGCCUGCAGUUAGGACGCACACAUAUGCAAGCGGUGACUCCUGGGGCGAGACUGGAACUUCUCAUCAAGGUAGCGAAAACGAAGUUGUUGAGAGCUCUGGGAAUCAGAAGUUCGUUUCAGCCAUGGAGCAGAUCAAACAGCAGAUAGCCCGAGAAAACAUCAACUUUGUCCGCUUUGAGGCCACCGACCUCCAUGGGGUGUCCAGGUCCAAGACAGUGCCUGUCCGCUUCUUCCAUGAGAAAUCGGUAUAUGGUAUACCGAUGCCAAGAAGCUACUUGGAGCUGACUUUGAGCCCUAAGAGCAACGAAGUGGACAACGCCAACACUGCCAACUUCAGCAGCGAUGUACUUCUGAUCCCUGACCUCUCAACCUUCAGGAUCCUACCCUGGGCAGAGCAGACAGCACGGGUCAUCUGCGACCCCUGUACAGUGACAGGAGGCCCCCUUCGUACUUCCCCUCGCCUCAUUGCCAAGCAGCUCCUCGGUCAGCUCCAAACCAUGGGAUUCUCCCUGCACUCCUCCUUCACCUAUGAAUGCUGCGUCCUUGGGGCACCAGACCGAAUUGGACCAAAGACCCUCCUGUUCCCCGCCACCACCCUUCUGAGCAACCACGACCUGCCUUUCUUCCAGCAACUAGUGGACAGCAUGUACUGCAUGGGUGCAGACAUAGACAGCAUCGCCUCCGCCAGCGGCCCCGGCCAAAUGGAAAUCAACCUGAGGCCAGAGUUUGGGAUUGCAGCCGCAGAUAGCGCCUUCACCUUCCGCACCGGAAUCAAAGAGAUGGCUCGUAAAUACAGCUACAUCGCCAGCUUCUUCACCGAUGAUGGUCUGUACAAUGCCGGGGUGCUCGCUCACAGCCUGUGGGAUGCCAAUGGGCGUCGUAGCCUGUUCCACAGUGGAGAGAAGGCAAGCGAGCUGUCUGAGAUUGGCAGGAAAUGGCUGGCUGGGCUCCUCACCCACUCUGCUGCCCUGAGCUGCCUGAUGUCGCCCGGCUUGGGCUGCCGGAGCCACAUCGCCAAGACAAUCAAAGACCCCAAACGGAUGCUGUACGCCACCUGCGGCUGCAAUGAUAAUGGCUGCUCCUUCAACGUCAAGUGCCACGGCGGGAGGGAGACUCACAUUGACAACAAGCUGGGCUCAGCCAUGGCCAACCCUUACAUUGUGCUGGCGGCUACAGUGGCAGCAGGACUGGACGGCAUUAAACGCAACCUGAGCGUCGAGAGCGGUCUAAACAAAGCCCCCGCUCAGCAGAAGGAGUUCGCCAUUCCCGUGAAGCUCGACGAUGCUCUGGAGGCGUUGGGGGAGGACCACGUCAUCCGCAGCACCCUUGGAGAGCCGUUUGUUCAGUAUUUCAUCGCUAUGAAAAGGUUUGAGAUUGAGACCCAAGAACUGGAUGAUGAGAGGAACAAGUGCUUGGAGUAUUUCAUCUAGAAAUAUGCUUUGUUCCAUAAUAUCUGAAAAACCACUUACUCCUGCCAAACAAACAAAAAACCCGAGAAACAUUAGUUUGAAUACAAAAGCUUCUUUAUUUUAUAUAUCAUGUUGAUGCCUUAUUAUUAUCAUUAUACAGAUUGUAGAUAUUUUUCAGAGUCAUUUCAAAAUAAAGGUACAAAUCGACCCUCAAUGUGCAAAGCAGUGUUGUGCAAUUUUGUUGUUGCUGUGUGAAUUUUCAGUUGUUUAUUACUUUCAAGAACAAUACUGACAGCGACUGCACUCGUUUGAACAUAGCGGUCCAUAAGUACAAUGAACCAAUGUAAGAAAAAUAAAGGAGGUGGCUUUGUCCAGUCAGAUUCUAUCCAACCAUUUUAUUUUCUGGUGUGUAAUGACCAUUUGAACCUCUUGGGGG